AUGAAAUUCACCGCCCUCCUCAUCGCAGCCUCCGCCGCUCUGGCAAGCGCUCAACGCUCCACAGUCCGCCACUUCUACAGCCCCGAUCCCAAUGGCGAGUACGCCCGACAAGUAGGCUUCACCGGGGCUAGCAACCUCUGGGGCUAUGGCCUCUCCCAGAACCUUUCUGGCACAGUCCCAAUGUAUGACCUUCCCGCACCCCAUCACCAGAACCUCUCGAACAUGCCUCCAGGUACCGCUGCCGCCACAUCCAACAAAACCAAUACUUACUCACCUCCUCCUCCGCCUGCGAGAAUGCCGCCGGCUUCGUACUCGAAGGGAACCGUGGGAACGCAAUGUUCAUCUACGCCAACCAAGUUCCAGGUUCGCAGCCUUUGGAUCGUUACAUGA